AUGUUUGCAGGACAGCUACACCCUGCUCCAAGUCACUCCCACUCCACCUCACAUCGGCUAACCUCGCCUCGCUUCUCCCCUUCCACGUCCCAUCUCCCAACCUGCUCACCUCUCGACCGUUCCAGCUCCCUGUUUUGGCUUCCCACCUCCAAACUCAUCCGCACCACUUCCCAUCCUCUCAGCCUCUUCGCCCCAGACAUGCCAACGAAGUCAGCCAGUCCGGGCAGAACAGCUCAAGCCGCUGGGAAAGUGUAA